AUGAAUCUCACGCUCGUUACGUUAUUCACGCUCAUCAGCGUAGCAUUCUGUCGUAAUUACACUAGAUGCGGCACGCGUACACCACCUCAAUGGCACCUAAAGCAGCUGAAGGUUGUGGACAGCGAGACAAAUUCCCGCCUUGAACCUAUCGAAAUCACGACCUACGUUCACGUUGUUACUACCCCAUCGAAAAAGACGUCUGUUACGCCAGAGAUGAUAGUCACCCAGAUGCAGAUCAUGAACGAUGCUUACAGCCAAAUUGGAAUCUCCUUCACGCUUGGAGAUUUCGAUCUCACAGUUAACAAACAAUGGGCUCGAUCCACUCCCAUGCGAAACAUGAAACGCUCACUGCGAAAAGGCACAUACUCCUCCCUCAAUCUCUACUUCAUGUCAGACCUAAAGGACGAAGAUGGAAUCCCGGAUCUGCUCGGCCAAUGCGGCUUCCCUCAUGUCGAUGCCACUGCCUCAAUUUUCACCCUCGACGGCUGUGUCAUCUUGGCGGAUACGCUUCCAGGAGGAAACAAAACGGCAUACAAUCACGGCCUUACGGCCGUGCACGAGAUUGGACACUGGUUCGGCCUCUUUCACGUGUUUCAAAUGGACUCACACUUCAUGAGCCGGCCUUUGCUUCCUUGUACUGGCGUGGGAGAUGGAGAUCUGGUGGAUGACACUCCGCCUCAAUCGACGGCGACGAGGGGAUGUCCUGCGGAGAACACGAAGGACUCUUGUCCGAAUUUACCGGGAUAUGAUUCUAUUCAUAACUUUAUGGACUACUCUUCUGAUGCUUGCAUGAAUGAGUUCACGCCAGGACAAGGUGAUCGAGCUCGAGCUAAGUAUAGGGAGAUGAGGCUUGGGAAGUAG